AUGUCCCUGUCGGAACGGCUGACUGUGAUGAUGAGUGCCCCCUACCUAGUAAAGCUGGUGAAACAGUUGCUGCCUCAACCUGCACAGGAGCGCCACGUCCCAAGUCUGCUGUGUUUGUGUCAGUUCGCGGAAGAAUGUAUUUCCAGGUUCGCUGAUGGAUUUGACAGAGAAGACGUGCCAGGCCUAGCCGAGCUGUUUGUGCGGCAUCUGCCAGGUCGAGUGUCUUCAUCAGCUGUCAGACGGGUGCAGGAGGAGCUGUUCCAUGCCAGCCAUGGACUUGUCCACUGA